AUGAAUUGUGCCCAGUUGCAAAAGUUCAAGGAAGAAGGCUGCUUUAUGGUUCCAGAUUUUUUAUCUGAAUCUGAAGUUAAAGAGCUCAUGGAAGAAUGUCAUUAUCUUUUAGACAAAAUGGAUGUUGGUCAACAACACAGCACAUUUGAAACAGAUAAGGAGUUUAAAGAUGAUUACUUUAUGACGAGUGGUGACAAGAUUCGUUAUUUCUUUGAAGCUGAUGUUUUUGAUGACGAUGGCAAAUUAAAAAUGGAAAAGAAUUUAGCAGUCAAUAAAAUUGGCCAUGCUCUACAUGCCUUGAAUCCCAAGUUUAAAGCAGUUACGUUCAGCAACAAAAUUAAAAAUCUUUGUAAAUCUCUUGGAAUGGUAAAUCCUGUUAUUGCUCAGAGUAUGUACAUAUUCAAGCAACCACAUUUUGGAGGAGCUGUUAAUGCCCACCAAGACAGCACAUUUUUGUACACAGAACCAAUGAAACUUUUGGGAAUAUGGAUCCCUUUGGAAGAUGUAACAGAAGAGAAUGGAUGUUUGUCUUACAUACCAGGAUCACACAAGAGUGGGCUGCACAAUGAACGCAGAAUGGUGAUCAAUAAAAGUAACCCCAGCGAAACAAAAUUCACCAAUGAUGGGGUAACUUAUGACAUGAGCAAAUUCCAACCAAUUAUUGUCAAGAAAGGUACCUUGGUGCUGAUUGAUGGUCUGGUUGUACAUAAAAGUGAAAAGAAUACGUCUUCAAAGUCUCGUCAUGUAUACACCUUUCAUCUUUAUGACCAGCAUGACUGCAUCUACAGUAUAGACAAUUGGUUGCAGCCAACCAAACAAUUGCCUUUUCUCUCAGUUUAUGAUACACAUAUUUAG